GUUGCAAAGAUUUGACCUUUCAAGUGUUGUUUGUGGAGUUUGGGAAUUGGAAAUAGAAAAAGGGCUCCUUUUUAGGCUUAUUGUUUCCUAGUCAGGAAUGCUAUGAGGAGUUAGGAAGAUGAAGAUUCAAGUAAGGAAAGGGGUGUUUUGUUUUGUGGCUCUUGUUUUGCUUUCAGCUGUGGUAGUGAAAAGCAGGGUGGAGGAAGAAGAAGAGCCUUUGCUGGCUUAUCUAGUAGACUCAGGGCUCAUAAAUCUGGAGAUGGGUGAAUUACUAAGGAAAAAUUGUCUGCCCGCAUUGUUACAAGCCGGGAAAACUUUACAAGAUCACGAACACCGUUUUGCAGAGAAGUCAAGUAAUGGCAGUGGUAAAUCGAGAAUGCAAAUGCAUCAAGCUGUGAAUAUCCUAUUACCUCAUGUUCAUCGGAUUCUUAUAGAUUGUGCAAGAGGGAAAAUCCGUAAUGUGGGGGAAGAGAAGAAUUUGGGUUCUCGGUAUACCAGGUAUCUGAAAUUCCUGUCCACCCUGCCAUGGUCUUCUACGAGACGCAAGCUAGCUCAAACUCCUGGAGAAGCACCCUCUCCAUCGCCAACAAGUCCAGCGCCUUCAAUUCCUCCAGCUCCUAAUUCACCGGGUGAACAAACUUCUACUAGUGGUUCGGACGAACAGUCGAGCACUAAUAAGUCCCACAAGAGGAGUGUUGUUAUUGCUGUGGUGGUGACAGCUUCCGUGACACUUGUCAUUGUUGCAGUGCUCUUUAUUUUCUGUGGCAGAUGCUGUGGGAUUGGUACAAAAGAUGAGAGGCAUCUUCUCAGCUUAAGCACAACCUCUUCACACAAGUCAUUCGGGCCAGGAACUUCAGUGGAUGAACAAAAGUUUGGUAAUGAGUCAGUGAGUAGGAAAUUAAACGGUAACACAACUGGUGCAAACUACUCCUACUAUGGAGACUCACAUUCUCUAAGCAAUAUCCCAUUGGAAGCCAGGAACGGGGUUGUGAUUAGUUUAGUUGGAAACUCUUUCCACGCACCACCUAGAAUGACAGCUUCUCCUCCAUUGAUGCCACCUCCUGGAAGGCGAGAUUCUCCUAAUCCACCUCCGGUCAACAAUGUUGCUCUUGCUCCUCCACCUCCCACCGUCACACCAAUGAAAUCUGCUGCUGGACCACCUCCUCCACCUCCACCUCCUAUACCGUCUGGUGCCAAGGCUAGUCCACCACCACCUCUUAUAUCCUCUGGUGCCAAGACUGGUCCGCCACCACCACCACCACCUCCUAUAAUGUCUGGUGCCAAGGCUGGUCCGCCACCACCACCACCUCCUCCUAUACCAUCUGGUGCCAAGGCUGGUCGGCCACCACCACCACCACCUCUUAUAUCUUCUGGUUCCAAGGCUGGUUCACCACCUGGACCACCUCCACCUCGGCCACCACCUAUUGGCUUGAAGCCCCCUCGACCUGGACCAAAUCCUCAAUCUGGUAGUAGUAAAACUAAGCUGAAGCCGUUCUUUUGGGACAAGGUACUGGCCAACCCUGAUCAUUCAAUGGUUUGGCACCAGAUCAAGUCCGGCUCCUUCCAGUUCAGCGAAGAGAUGAUAGAAAAUCUCUUUGGAUAUGCUCCUGCGAAUAACAAGAAUGAAGCAAAGAAAGAGUCUUCGUCCCAAGAUGCCGUGUCACAAUAUAUUCAACUAAUUGAUCCCAAGAAGUCACAAAAUCUCGCUAUUUUACUUAAAGCUUUAAAUGUCACUACAGAAGAAGUUUGUGAUGCUCUAGAACAAGGUCAUGAGCUUCCUCCGGAGCUUAUUCAAAAUCUACUAAGAAUGGCACCUACAUCUGACGAAGAACUGAAACUGAGACUUUAUGUUGGCGAGCCUUCUCUGCUGGGUCCAGCAGAGCGGUUUCUAAAAGUGUUGGUUGAUGUUCCAAUUGCAUUUAAGAGGCUAGAGUGUUUGCUUUUCAUGAGCACUCUUCAAGAAGAGAUGUCUACGCUAAAAGAAUCUUUCGCAGUUUUGGAGGCUGCUAGUUCAGAGCUGCGGCAAAGCAGAUUAUUUUUCAAGCUCUUGGAGGCCGUUCUUAAAACUGGGAAUCGUAUGAAUGAUGGGACCUUCCGUGGCGGUGCUCAGGCAUUUAAGCUCGAUACGCUUCUCAAGUUAGCAGACGUGAAAGGCACAGAUGGAAAAACUACACUGUUGCACUUUGUCGUCCAGGAAAUAAUCCGAUCCGAAGGCAUAAGAGCUGCUAGAGCAGCACAGGAGUGCAUAAAGUCUGAUGAUUCCUCUAAUCAACCCCCGGACGAGCAUUUGAGGAGCCUCGGCCUCCAGGUGGUCUCUGGCUUGAGUAACGAGUUCGAGAAUGUCAGGAGGGCCGCUCUACUGGAUACUGACACGUUAACGGGAACAGUAGCCAAGCUCGGCCAGGCCCUUGAUAAAGCCAAGAAUAUCCUGAGAUCCGAAAUGGAGAACAUACAGCCAGAUAAUGGCUUUCACCAGGCGCUGAGGAGCUUCGUGCAGAACGCUGAGGUUGACGUGAGGUGGUCGUGCAAGGAAGAGAUGCGUAUAAUGGCGUUAGUAAAGAGUAGUGCAGACUACUUCCAUGGGAAGUCUGGUAAGGACGACGGCCUGAGAUUGUUCGUCAUUGUUCGCGAUUUCCUUAUAAUAUUGGAUAAAGUAUGCAAAGAAGUGCAAGCUGCGCCACUCAAAGCGCCUAGGAACGGAGAUGCAACGGUGGCUCCUCCUGAUCCUCAACAGCGCCUCUUCCCAGCCAUUGCCAAUAGCCGAGUAGAUACUUGGAACAUGUAGGUAGAAAUUCUUGCGC